GGCUGUCAAAAUUCAAAACAAAAACAAAUACAAAUGCACCAAGGAGCUAGAAAAUCAAUAUCCUCUCAAAUGUGUAAAAUUACCUAAACUUUCAACUUAGAGUGGCCAAAGGGGAUUUUCAGAAUGAAAAUGGCCCAUUCCAUGCAAGGAAUCUACUCCCCUUUGCCUCAAUCACUGAGCGAUUCGGACUCAGAAAAAGAAAUCAGUAUGGAACCCAUUUGUACCAGCUAUAACUCCAAAAAUACAAAUAAUUUUGAGGACACCUACAGGCAAAAUGGGCAUAGUAUACGAAUGGAUGAGGAUAUUGUUAAAAUUAAACGAGUUGCCAGCAAAAUGUCUACUACUCGUAAGAUAGCAUUUAUAGCAUCAAUUAUUCUUUGUUUCCUACCCAUAUGCAUUUUCCUUUGGGUUUUACCCUGUUCCGAACUACACACUUGCCCAAUAAAAAUAUCAAAUUGGGAUUCUCAACAAGAAAACUUAGAGUUAAAGGGACCAAUUCACCUUGACACUGGUGUAUACAAAACCAACUUCAAUUUGGCGAUACUUUACAAAGGCAGCUUCAACAGCCCUAAACCCCUUAAAAAUGGUAUUAUAUCGUUUAUGGGUUUAACUGGUAACGUGGCUUGGGAUUUCGAGCAAGAAGUUGAACCAGACCAAAUGGACUGCAGUAUCAUCGAUACCAAUCAGGAUGGGACUUUGGAUUGUCUUGUUGUUGAUCCCAAAGGCCUGAAAGCUAUAGAAACAUUAUCCGGGCAAGCUUUAUGGCAUGCACAUUCUUCUGAAGAGAAAAAAUGGGUUAGGAAUUUGGAUUUGCCUGUUACAAUGCCUGAUUUGAAUAAUGAUGGUGUUGAGGAACUAGUUAGUGUAUUUGAAAAAAUUUAUUUUCUAAUUAUUUCUGGUAGGACAGGGGAGGUUUUAGCUAAAAUCCCUAUACCCCAUUGUGAACAAGUAAAAGAACUUUAUAAACCUGAAAAAGGGGCUAAUUUUAUGACUUAUAAAUGUGGCAAUGAGACUGCUUCAUCUCAAUUAUAUAAAGUUAGUUUCUCUGAACUGGAAAAAACCUAUAUAAAUCGCCAGUAUCGCAUGAUAAUAGAACCUAUAGGUGAAGAAAUAGCUAAAAAUACAUUUUUUGCUGGCAACAGAAAGUUGACCGUCAAUAAUGGAGAUAAUUGUCCAAAAUGCCAUUGCGUAUUGACCCUGUACGAUGACAAAGAUUCUAUUCUUAAAACUUGGACAUAUGAAUAUGCUUUCAUUAUGAACCCUAAGUCCUUUUCGUUUGACCCAUCCAAAGGCAAAAAGACUAAGCUAAGAGGACAUUUGAAUGGGUUUAUUUUGAAAAUUUGGCAAUGGUCUGAGCACUAUAAAAAAUUACGACCCACCCAAAGGAUUAAUAAACGUAGCCUCAUCUAUAGUGGCGCUAAUGAAACUUUUUUCUCCACAGAGGUGACUGAAACUGUAGUUUUUAUCACUUUUAAUGACACUGAUGUUCAUGUCAUCAAUGCUUCCUACACAACCCUUAAUCAGAUUUGUAGAAAGCACGAAAGUAACUGUCAACCGAGCAUGGAAAAUCAAAAAGACAGUCUCCUAGUGCACGAUUUGGAAAAUGACUCUAGCAAGGAACUAGUAAAUUUCUAUAGUUCUUAUGUACGCAGAGGUGAAGAUUGGCACUUGGUUAGCAACGUCAAAGUGGUCAGAUUAGAGGAAGAGCUACCCUUACUUUACGGGAACAAGAAAUAAACCAAUCAUUUUCUGGUUUUUGGUUUGUAUGCUUUGAUUUUCUUUGAGGUGAUGUCUUAAAUGCUGACUUUGCCUGAGAUGAAAUUUGUGAUGGAUGCGACUGAAAGAAGACGUGAGAAUUUGCCCUAGGUUUUAAGUCUAAAAACUGCUAUUUUUUCCUUCUUACUUGAGUAGGUGCCAGAGAAAACUAUACAAUUCUUUGAUAGUAUAUAGGUUUAGGCUUGACGUGUUUGUCGUGGAAAUAAAAAUUAAAUAUUAUUGUGGAUGGA